GUCUCAUAAACAGCACGCGUGUCCAGACAGAGACUAAUGGAACAUCUACUAUGACAUUGUACCAUAGUUCCCAGACUUUUCUCCCACUACUCAAACACAUCGUGCACCAUUGGCCAACUAACUGCCAAUGGACCAAUGCCCUUGCUGUAUCCCACAGUCUCCACUCCUGGAGGGGGCUAUCCACUGAUGGCUCCACCGCUCCAUGGAUUAGACAAAGUUCUGUUGAAGUUUUAGGCCACGCCUACCUACGAGAUGACAUGACCAAUGUGACCUCUAAAAUCUUGUCCAAAGUUGGCCGCCAACUUCACAACCAGCCUCACCAUCCCUUGUGGCUUAUUAAAGAACGCAUCAAAGACCAUUUCUACCGAUCCUACGUUGGUCGCUCGGGAAACCCAAUCUUUUCAGUACAUGACAACCUCAGUCCAAUAGUGACAGUGGAACAGAACUUCGAUAGCCUGCUUAUUCCACCAGACCAUCCUAGUCGGAAAAAAGGAGAUAACUACUACCUGAACCACACACACAUGCUGCGGGCGCACACUUCAGCCCACCAGAAGGAGCUGGUGCGCUCUGGGCUGGACUGCUUCCUGCUGGCUGGAGAUGUGUACAGACGAGAUGAGAUAGACUCCAGCCACUACCCUGUCUUUCACCAGAUGGAGGGAGUACGGCUUUUCUCCAACCAUGAGCUGUUUGCCCAAGUGGAGAAUGGUGAGGAUUUGUCCCUAUUUGAGGGUGGUGGUCGUCGCACUCCUCAAAAACAGGAAACACACACGCUGGAGGCCGUCAAACUCUUGGAGUUCAAUCUGAAACGGACACUUACACGCCUCAUGCGACACCUGUUUGGGGAAGAUCUGCAGAUCCGCUGGGUGGACUGCUACUUCCCAUUCACACACCCCUCCUUUGAGAUGGAGGUGCACUUCCAGGGAGACUGGUUGGAGGUGCUGGGCUGUGGGGUGAUGGAGCAAGAACUAGUGAACUCAGCUGGUGCUUGUAACAAAAUGGGAUGGGCUUUUGGUCUCGGGCUGGAGAGGAUGGCCAUGGUUCUGUUCGGCAUCCCAGAUAUUCGACUUUUUUGGAGCAAGGACGAACGCUUCCUGAAGCAGUUUUGCUUGUCUGACAUCUAUAAGCCUGUCACUUUUCAGCCUCUCAGUAAGUAUCCUCUGCUCUUCAAUGACAUCUCUUUUUGGCUGCCAUCUGAAGGCUAUACGGAGAACGACUUCUACGACCUGGUCCGAAGCAUUGGAGAAGAUCUUGUGGAGAAGGUCACGCUGGUGGACAACUUCACACAUCCAAAGACAAAGAGAGUGAGCCAUUGUUACCGAGUUGUAUACCGUCACAUGGAGAGGACGCUGACCCAGGACGAAGUGAGCGUUAUUCAUGGAGCCAUUCAGCAGGCGGCUGUAAAAGAGCUUGGAGUGGAGGGAAGAUACUAAGACUGCACAGGAACCAACAUCACGUCUCUCAGAUAUAUUUACUUGGUAAAUGAUGGUGAUCUUUUAGAGACUUUCACCUUCUCAUGAUUCACAGAUAUAGUCUCACCUCUAUGAGAUUAAUAAAAUGUGUCAACUUUUUAAUAGCAGUAAAAACUGUUCUGUGGGGGGUUGCGCUUUAAAUGUAAUACAAAUGUCAAAGAGGCCUUCUACAAACCCGCCGCAGAGUCUGAUGAGAAGCUGGAAACAUAGCCAGUACAGCUCUUAUUUAUACAUUUGUAUUUCCUUAGAAGAUGUGAGGUAGCAUAUAAUGAGCUGCUGCACUGAAAUGAGUAAGAUAAUGCAACGCUUCCUUAGUCACUCCACAGUAAUAUUGUAAACAGGAAGGUAACAGGUCCUCUGUUGUAUUGUUUGUGGGACAAAAAUAAACUGAAUGCU